AUGUCACAUCAAUCAAUCAAAUCUGAAAUAUCUAAACAACAUAUUCCUGAUGAUUCUUCAUCAGAUAUUCAUUCUUCAAUUGAUUAUCAAGGUUUAGCACAAGAAUCAGCAGCCGUUGCUGCUGCUGCUGCAACAAGUAGACAACAACAACAACAACAAAAUAAUCAACAACUUAGAACUCCUCAAGAACAACAACAACAACAAUUACUGGAAUUACAACAAUUAAAUCAACCAAAUUUUCAAAUACAUAAUGAAACUGAACCAAAUACUCCAACAACAGAAAUAGAAUCUUCAAAUGAUGUAGAAGGAGGUGAACAAGAUUCAAAUCAUGUAGAUAAUAUUAAAAAUCCUCAUAGAAUUAAAUUAUCAUCACAAGAUGUUAAAUUAAUAUUAUAUUUAAUUGUAGAAACAAAACCUUUUAAAUAUGUUGGAGAUAGAUCAUUAAGUCAAACUAAAAAAUGGGAUAUUAUACAAAAAAAAUAUUUUAAUAUAAAAUUUAAAGAAUUACAACAUAAAAAUUUUGUUGUACCCACAGUACGUACAUUACAACGUCAAUUAGCUGCUGGUGUUAAAAAAGCUCAAUCUCAAAGAAAUAAAGAUGAUAUAAUUCAUCCAAUUCCUCCAACAUUAGAUGAAAUUGAUAAAGAUGAUUAUUAUAAUUUUAGAGAUAUAACAGUAUUAAGUCCUCAAAAUGAAUUAGAAAGUGCAUUAUAUGAUUUACAUGAAUUAAGUAAUAAAAUUAAACUGUUAAAAAUGCAAAGUAAUAGUUUAAUAAAAGUAAAUUAUCAACCAAGAUCAAAACCUCCAACAACAACUACAACAAAAAAAUCAAAUUCAUUACAAGAUAUAAAUGGUAAAGAAAUUAAUAAUGAAAAUAAAGAUUUAUCAUUACAAUUUGAAGAAAUUUCAAAUUUAAUUUUAGAUAAAUUUACAACUUUAAAAGAUAAUCAACAAAUUAAUAUAAAAAAAUCAGAAGAUAUAUUUAAUUUAUUAGAAUCAAUUUUUCAACAUUCAAAUGAUUUAAGAAAUUAUAUAAAUGAAGAAAAUGAUACUUUAUCAACAACAAUAAAUCAAUUAUUUGAAUCUCAUUUAAAUAAAAUUGAAUAUAUUAAAAAAGAAUAUAAUUUAAAACAAAUUGAAUAUACUGAAAAAUUAAUUGAUAUAUUAACAAAUGAAUCUUUUAACUCAGAAGAAGAUCGUCAAAUAUUGGCAAACAAAAUUAAUUCUUUAAAAGAUAUACUUAAUGUAUAG